AAGGAGAAGAAAGUCGAAAAUAUUCAGGGUCUGCACGCAAAGAAGACGUAAAACCUUUGGGGAACUCUGUAUUGAUUACACGCCAUUGAAUCUCUAAUUCGAAUUCUAUCACAGACCCUUUUCGUUUGUCCUCUCAAAGUUUCGUUCUUUUGGCCCGGAAUUGAUAUAUUCAGAGCAAAAUUUUCUUUUUGCCUGAUAAUAUAUGUAAACAGUAUAUGCAAAUACAUGCCCUAUUUUGGUGUUUGUUUUAGGUGUGCCAAUGGAGGGCAAAAUCUUGGAUUCUCGGAAUCAGGUGCAACUUGUGGAAAAUUUAUCUGCAAGGGUUUCUAGUUGCUCCCUUGGCGACAAGAUAUCCUAUUCCGAUUCUCCUCUGGAUGAUGAGGUGGUUGGUAUGAGGAAGAAUUCUGUUACUAAAGAGUAUUGUGAUUCUUUUUCCACUGAUAGCACUGAAGGGCAUUGUAUAAAUUCUUCUAGAUUAUAUCCUGAAUUACCUGAAAAACAAAUGGAAAAGAAUAACGAGGACAUGGAGUCUUCAGCUAAUCUUCAGAAGCGGGGAAGGUACUUCUAUUAUGAUACUCCACUGCAUGAAGAUACUGGAGUUUGGAUACCAGUUUCAGUUCCACCUAUGUUGGAAGAUGAUCACAAAGAGUGGACCAAGGGUUUUCACUCGAAUGGUGGCUAUUUUCCUGAUGAUGAUAUGGGAUGGAAUCAAUAUGUUGGAGAUGAAAGGGAAUUGACUAUGUGGGAUGUGCUAGCAGAAAUGUUACUUGUGGCUCGAGGAAAAGUGACUUCUUUGGCAUUAGGAGAUAUUCAUACAUGUAAUUUUUCAUGGAUAUCCAGCCAUGUGCUUGAACAAGCUUGGAGAGAAAUGGCACAAACUCUUACAGAGGCCAACUUUGGUAAUGUAAAGGAACUACUGGAAGCAGAGCCUCCAAAAUGGUUAGCAGAUAGUGCUGCUGCUUCUUGUAUGCUUUGUGGUGUGAGAUUUCAUCCCAUCAUGUGCUCCCGGCAUCACUGCCGAUUUUGUGGAGGAAUAUUUUGUGGUGAGUGUUCCAAGGGGCGGAGCUUGUUGCCAUCAAAAUUCCAAGUUUCUGACCCCCAAAGAGUAUGCGAUGUAUGCUGUGUCCGACUUGAUUCAGUACAGCCUUAUUUGAUGGAUCAUGUAAGCAAUGCUGCUCAGUUGCCAACCCAUGACCUGACAGAUCUGAGCACUUUGCGAUCGUGGAUUAAUUUUCCUUGGGGGCAGUCCAUGGAAUAUGAAAUUUACAAGGCAACUAACACUAUCAAGGCUUAUAAUCAGAUAGGUUUUCUAAAGCUCGAGAAGUCAAUUCCAGAUGCCAUUCUAAGACAAGCAAAAGGCCUUGCAAUUAUCACUGUGGUCAAAGUAGGAGUGGGGGUUACUUACAAUAUUGGAACAGGACUUGUGGUUGCCCGUAGGGAAGACGGUUCAUGGUCUCCUCCAUCUGCUGUUUCCACCUUUGGUGUAGGGUGGGGGGCUCAGGCUGGAGGCGAGUUGACAGACUUCAUCAUUGUUUUGAGAACAAAUGAUGCUGUCAAGACAUUUGGUGGCAAUAUGCAUCUUUCACUUGGAGCAGGUUUAAGUGCUGCAGUAGGCUUUGUUGGUAGGUCAGUUAAAGCUGAUGUUCGAGCUGGUGAUGGUGGCUAUGCUGCUUGUUAUACCUACAACUGCAGUAAAGGUGCAUUUGUUGGAUGUUCACUUGAAGGAAGUAUGGUGACUACUCGCACGCAAGAAAAUUCCCGUUUCUAUGGCAGCCAGUCUAUAACUGCAACAGAUAUACUUUUUGGCUCGUUGCCUAGGCCACCUGCCGCUGCCAUUCUCUAUCGUGCACUUGCUGAUUUGUAUUCGAAGUUUGAUGAUUAAUUGAAUGGUUCAACGUCGCCUUUCAUUCCUUUCUCCUUUUGGACAUUGGCAUUGAAGACAUAGUUUGUACAGCUGCUAAGUCACACUCAUUGUAAAUGUUCAUCGUGUCAUUAUUUGUCUUGUAAAUAUGUAAAUGUUGAUAUUGUACACUCCACGUUGACCAAGAUGGAGGGAUUGGUGACCUGCUUUAAGGUUAAUUUUAUUUGGCUAGAACUGCCUAUGAUGAUUUUUGAAGUUCCUCAACUCAAAAAAAAAUAAAAAAUUAUCAA